AUGCUGUCGCGGUCCUCCCUCAGCCGAAAUGCGCCGCGUGCGCUCUCCGCCGGCCGUCGGGCCAUGGCCUCUGCUGCCAACCCGACCUUCCAGUACGACGUCUCCGAGGCUGCCGGCGUGAAGGUCGCCAACCGCGAGGUCGGCGGUGCUACUGGCACCCUGGCCCUGGUGGCCAAGGCCGGUUCCCGCUACCAGCCGUUCCCUGGUUUCUCUGAUGCUCUCGAGAAGUUCGCCUUCAAGUCCACACUCAAGCGCUCCGCCCUGCGGAUCACUCGUGAGGUCGAGCUGCUGGGCGGUGAGAUCUCGGCGACACACUCGCGCGAAAACGUCGUCCUUCGCGCCAAGUUCCUCUCGGGUGAUCUGCCCUACUUCACAGAGCUGCUCGCCGAGGUUGCAAGCCAGACUAAGUUUGCCGACCACGAGUUGAACGAGGUCGUCAAGCAGCUCCUUCAGUACAAGCAGCAGGCUGUUUUCUCCAACCCCGAGAACAUUGCCGUCGACGCCGCCCACGGAAUUGCCUUCCACCGCGGACUGGGCUCUUCCCAGACCCCCUCCCAAAGCACCCCAUACGAGAAGUACGUCUCUGCUGAUGCCCUGGCUCAGUUCGCCCAGGAUGCCUACGCCAAGUCCAACGUCGCUCUCGUUGCCACCGGCCCCAACUCUGCCGAUGUCAACAAGUGGGCUGGUCAGUUUUUCAAGGACCUCUCUCCUGGUGCCACCUCCAGCCAAUACAAGGUUCAGGCCACCGGAGCCACCCAGUACUUCGGUGGAGAGCAGCGCAUCCCCUCUAAGGCCGGCAACGCCGUUGUGAUUGCCUUCCCUGGCUCCAGCGCUUUUGGCACUGCUGGCUUCAAGGCUGAGGCUUCCGUUCUUGCUGCCCUUCUGGGCGGCGAGUCCACCAUCAAGUGGACUCCUGGCUUCUCCCUCCUAUCGCAGGCCACCCAGGGCUUCUCCCAGCUCAACAUCUCGACCAAGAACCACGCCUACUCCGACGCCGGUCUCUUCACCGUUACCCUUUCCGGUCAGGCCGACCAGGUUGGCGCCGCCAGCAAGAACGUCGUCGAUGCUCUCAAGAAGGCCGCCGGCGGCGAGGUCGCUUCCGAGGACAUCAAGAAGGCCAUUGCCCUUGCCAAGUUCCGUGCCCUCGAGUCCCUCCAGACCUUGGACACUGGCCUUGAGGCCACCGGCUCCGGCCUCAUCCACGGCAACAAGCCCUACCAGAUCGCCGAGGUCGCCCAGGCGAUCGAGAAAGUUUCUGAGCAGCAGGUCAAGGAGGCCGCCACGUCCUUCCUUUCCGGCAAGGCUACCCUCGUCAGUGUCGGAGAUGUUUUCCAGCUUCCGUACGCUGAGGACCUUGGCCUGACCGUUUAA